AUGGCCGACUUCAGCUCUACCCUUUCGUUUUUGACUGAUAACCCUGCCGCGGCAAUUAUACAAGAUUCAUAUGAUGCAUUUGCACGGAGGAGAGCGGACCUGGGGCUGUCGAAUCCCGGUACCGUUGAGAUGGUUUCUCGAGAAGUCCAGAAGGAUGUCUUGCUCUCCAAUUUCAUGUUCACAGGCCUCCGCGCCGAUUUGACCAAGGUCUUUGGAGUCUCGCCUCUUUUCCGAGUCUCUCAUGCAUUCACCAUGGGCUCUCAAGGCAACCUUCCUCCAUAUGCCUUCUCUACUAUGUUUGGAACUUCAGAUGUGCUCAUGCAAGGAAACAUUGGCAGUGACGGAGCCCUGGCUGCUGUUGCAAACUACCGCUGGUGCCCAUCCUUGAUCAGCAAAGCCAACGUACAGAUAAUGCCAGGCUCUGCACAAGGACUGCUUCAGCUGGAUAAUGACUACACCGGAUCUGAUUUCUCGGCGUCCCUUAAGGCGUUCAACCCAUCGAUUCUAGAAGGCGGACUUACCGGUAUUUUCAUCGGAAGCUACCUACAGUCCAUCACACCCGGUCUGGCCCUAGGAUUGGAGGCCAUGUGGCAGCGUGCCGGGCUUGGUGCUAAGCCAGAGACUGCUCUUUCAUACUGUGCACGAUACAAGGCAGAUGACUGGAUUGCCAGUGCCCAGCUUCAGGCACAGGGAACCAUCAAUGCCUCAUUCUGGAAGAGGCUCUCUGAUAAGGUCGAAGCUGGUGUUGACAUGAACCUGCAGUUUGCACCAAGCGGCAACCCCAUGAUGGGAGGCGGUCUUCAGAGGGAGGGAACUACUGCUGUCGGAGCCAAGUACGAGUUCAGGGCAUCCACGUUCAGAGCUCAGGUUGACAGUGACGGAAAGCUAAGCUGUCUGUUGGAGAAGAGAGUUGCCAUGCCAAUUUCUCUCACCUUUGCCGGUGAAAUAGACCAGGUCAAGCAAACCGCCAAGAUUGGUCUCGCAGUCUCCUUUGAGAUGGCUUCCGAGGAGCUGAUGGAGCAGCAAGAAUCUGGAGAGCUGUCCAGCGUCUCUCCACCCUUUUAA